UUACAAAGACAAUAAAUUUAAAUAAGCACAAACAAUGGAAGAAUAAAACGAGCAAAGGACGGCUUAGGAGCCGUUUCAAAGACAAAUUCCACUUCUACUAAUACACUACUACAUAGUCCAGGACUCCAGCCGACUAAGCCGAGGAAAUGUUCUUUUGACUAAGUUGUUAAUUACAUAAAUUGGCACGAUGGCAUUAACUCUGUUUCCAAAACACUGCUUGAGAACUCUCUCAAGAACACCAAUCAAUGCGAUGUCCAUGGGAGUUGAUCCUCUGGUUCAGCGAUUACUAGACGGAUUACGAAGUGGUCAACGUGCAAGCUUAGCUGAAGCUAUCACUCUUGUUGAAACAUCACAUCCUAAGAAGAAGAUUCUUGCAAGACAUUUGUUAACUAAUGUGUUAAAGGAUGCUCAAAAUUCUCAGUACUUGCGUGGGCACAAGUCAUUCAGUUUUCGGCUAGGUUUGUCAGGACCCCCCGGAGCAGGAAAGUCAACAUUCAUAGAGACUUUUGGAAAAUUUUUAACUGGUAUGGAUAAAAAAGUUGCAGUUCUAACAGUUGACCCUUCCUCUGUCAGAACUGGAGGAUCACUGCUUGGAGAUAAAACUCGAAUGCCAGAACUGUCUCGAGAUAUGAAUGCCUAUAUCAGGCCAUCUCCAUCACGUGGUCACCUUGGCGGUGUCACUCGUUCAACCAAUGAAGCAAUUGUGUUGUGUGAAGCUGCAGGUUAUGAUAUUGUGAUUAUUGAAACUAUAGGUGUUGGUCAGAGUGAAUUUUCAGUAGUUGAUAUGGUUGAUCUGUUUACAUUAGUAAUUCCUCCAGGUGGUGGUGAUGAGUUGCAAGGCCUUAAAAAAGGCAUUAUGGAAAUGAGUGAUUUGGUUGUAGUUAAUAAAAGUGAUGGAGAUUUAGUACCUGCUGCUAGGCGUAUGCAGUAUGAGUAUAUAUCUGCUCUUAAAUUCAUUCCUCCCAAGAACAAAUACUGGAAAACACCAGUUAAGCGUAUAUCUUCCCUUACUGGUGAAGGUGUUCCAGAACUCUGGGCACUUAUGCAAGACUACAAUAAAAUAAUGGAAGACAGUGGUGAAUUGAUCAGGCGUCGUCAGUCACAGCGCUGUGCCUGGUUGUGGACUCACCUUAAAGAAAACUUGAUAAAUUCCUUUUUAGAAUUUCCUGAAAUCGAGGAAAACUUAAAGAAAAUGGAAUUUGAAGUUAUGAAUGGUUUCAUAUCCCCAGGUGAUGCUGCUGAUCUGCUCCUUCAGCAGUAUCUCAGCAAUCACCACUGUCAGGAAAAAAUUUGAAAUAUAUUGUUGUGUAGUAGCACCUGUUUUGUAUACAAUAACUGAAUGUAUUCCUUAUGGGACCCUUAGAUAUCUAGGAUGUUAGCCAGUCAUUCCUAAAAGCAUGAUUACUUUAAUGAUCUUAGCUAUCAUUAGUUUUCUCUGAAUAAAAUAAAGUU